AUGGAUAGGGCUUGGAUGCAUAUUGAAGAUAGGAUGCGUUCCAACGAAUAUGCUGAGGGCGUAAAAAAAUUCAUAGAUAUGGCGAAGGCCCAUGCACUGGGGAGAGACUGCAUUAGGUGUCCAUGUAGGCGAUGCCGAAAUCGAUCUUUCCAUCCUAUCUCUAUGGUUGAGGAUCAUUUGUUCAUUGUUGGGAUAGAUACAUCUUAUACGGAAUGGAUAUUCCAUGGCGAGGAGGAAACUUUGCAAUACACCACAUCGUCGGAUGAAGAGGGUAUUGAUGACUAUUCCUACAAUGACUACAUUGAUGAUGUCGACGAGAUGUUAGAUUACAUCCGUGUUGGAUCCUUCAUGGACAAUUCCUCUAGUCCAGAAGGUGAAGCAGACCGAGUUCCCCAAGGACACACCGCUCAUACUCCAAUACCCCCUAACUUCGAUGAGUUGCUAGAUGAUGCCAAAAUGCCACUCUAUCCAAAUUGUUCUAAGUUCUCAAAGCUAUCAUUCAUAGUCAAGUUGCUUCAUAUAAAGACCAUUGGUGGUUGGACUGUGAAGUCGUUUGACAUGGUUAUCAAGCUGCAUUUCCUCAAGCACAUUUCCCUGCCUCAUAUAACGAGGCUCGCCAAUUACAACGUGGUUUGGGCUUUAGUUACAAAAAGAUACAUGUGGGCCUCAAGCACAUCUACCCAACAUAGGUUACCCAAAAAAGUCCUCCGAUAUUUCCCUUUGAAGCCGCGGUUGCAACGAUUGUUUGUGUCAAAGAAGACUGCCCAAGUCAUGAGGUGGCAUAAAACAGAGCGUGUUGAUGAUACCACCCACAUGAGACAUCCGACAGAUUCACAAGUCUGGAAAGACUUUGAUAGGAAGCAUGCCUCAUUUGCUGAAGAUCCUCGUAAUGUCAGACUUGGUUUAGCGAGUGAUGGGUUCAACCCAUUCAAUAACAUGAGCAAGCCGUAUAGUAUUUGGCCGGUGCUACUUGUGCCUUACAACUUGCCUCCUUGGUUAUGCAUGAAGGAUCCGUACUUGAUGAUGUCUUUGUUAAUCCCUGGACCAAAGGCACUGGGAAAUGAUAUUGACGUGUUCAUGCGUCCACUAAUAGAUGAGUUGAUAGAAUUAUGGGAAGAGAGAGUUCGUACAUAUGAUGCAUACAAACGAGAAUUCUUUGUAAUGAGGGCGACAUUGCUCUGGACUAUUAAUGACUUCCCUGCAUAUGCUAAUCUCUCCGGCUGGAGCACAAAGGGUAAGAUGGCCUGCCCUACUUGUAAUGCUGAAACAGAUUCAUUGUGGUUGGUUCAUGGUCGAAAACACUGUUAUAUGGGCCAUCGUCGUUGGUUGGAGGUAGAUCAUAGUUGGAGACAGAAAAAAAAUGCUUUUAAUGGUAAGGAGGAAAACCGUCUCCAACCUAAAUUGAUCACAGGACAUGCUUUAUUGGAACAAUUAAAUGAGGUCUCAGAUGUGCAGUUUGGUAAAUCUACUUCAAAGAAGAGGAAAUGUUUGCCCAAUGAACUUAAUUGGACAAAAAGAAGCAUCUUCUUUGAGCUUCCAUACUGGUUAGACUUGGGAUUAAGACAUAACUUGGACGUCAUGCACAUUGAGAAAAACAUUUGUGAUAAUGUGUUGGGAACUUUGAUAAAUAUUGAUGGCAAAAGUAAGGACACUGCCAAUGCGCGUAGGGAUUUGGAACAUCUUGGACUAAGGAAAGAGUUACAUCUACAACAUGAUGGUGAACGUACUUCUAUGCAGUGUGCAUGUUACGUGUUAAAUGCAACUGAGCGAAUGAGUCUUUGUGCUCGGUUGGCAGACGUCAAAUUCCCUGAUGGUUUUGCCUCAAAUAUUGCCCGGUGUGUCAACAUUAGUGACGGGAAAAUAUUGGGAAUGAAGAGCCAUGAUUGUCAUAUAUUCAUGCAAUACUUGUUGCCGGUUGUAAUUGGUGGGUUCCUACUUGCUAAUGUGCGUCGAGCCCUAAUAGAGUUGUGCUUGUUUUUCAAAGAAUUAUGUUCUCGAACACUAGAUAAAACAGUGUUGGAACGGCUUCAAACAAAUAUCCCCAUCAUUCUCUGCAAACUGGAAAUGAUAUUGCCACCUGCGUUUUUCGAUAUCAUGGUGCAUCUUGCUAUUCAUCUACCAGACGAAGCGUUGCUAGCAAGACCUGUUCAGUAUAGGUGGAUGUACCCCUUUGAGAGGUAUAUGGGUAAGUUCAAGAGGUACGUUCGCAAUAGAGCUCGUCCAGAAGGAUCCAUUGCUGAAGCAUAUGUUCACGUAGAGUGCUUGACAUUUUGCUCUAUGUAUCUUAAUGAUAUUGAGACUAGACAUAACCGAGAGGAAAGGAACAUUGAUGUUGGUUUAUGCUCCCAACAGCCAAGUUUAUCUGUUUUCUCCCAAAAGGUUCACCCAUUAGGUGGGGCAAAAAUAAUGGUAUUGCCUGAUACCAUGUUGUCCAAGGCUGAGUGGUACGUGCUUAAUAAUUGCCCGGAGAUUGAGCACUAUAUAGAUGACCAUUAUAACAAGAUGAAGGAAGAGGGCUUGAGUAACUUCGAGCAUAGGCACCAAAGUCAAUUCCCAUCAUGGUUCAGAGCACGCAUUGCGGAGUUGCAUGCAAUGACUCCUCCUGAGGUGACAGAUGACAUAUAUGCAUUAGCAUGUGGACCAGAUCCACUGGUCGCAUCAUACCAUGGCUGUAUCAUGAAUGGAAUUCGGUUUCACUCGAAGAAGCUCGAAACACGUCGACUCACCCAAAACAGUGGGGUUGUUGUUUAUGGCAACCAUCAAGGUAACCCUGUUGACUACUACGGCCAGUUGACGGAGGUCAUAGAAUUACGCUACAUGGGUUGGCGUAAGUGCUUCUUGUUCAAAUGUGAUUGGUGGGACAUUGGCGACAAGAGAAGAGGGAUACAAGUUGGGGAUCAUUUCACAAGUGUCAAUACUUCGAGGCAAUGGUAUAAAGAUGAGCCUUUCGCCCUAGCCUCCCAAGCAUUGCAAGUGUUUUACAUUAAGGACCCAACUUUGGGGGGAAGUUGGCAUGCAGUACACAAGAUAUCAACUAGGAAUGUUUACAAUAUUGGGCAUAAAUCAUCAGAAUUCCAUGAUGAUGAUGAUGAUGAUUCCUCCACUGUUGACGUAGAAGACGAUAGUGACACUGAUGUUAGGAACUAUGGUCCUGUUGAUGAAAAUGAUGGAUUUCUCAAUCCAUUGACCCGGGUCGGGGAAGAGCAAUUACCAGUUGAUCCAUCAACCAUAUCUAGAUCACAAUUAUCCCCAGUAGGUGAUGAUGAGGACACUGAUAAUGAUGACGUGCAAAACAGAGAUUUUUUGGAUGGAGAACAUAGAUGA